AUGGCGGCCAUGGCGCCGGAACCGGAACCGGGGCGCGCCGGGGGCGUGGCCUCGCCCCCCCCCGCCCCGUACCGGUGCCCGGGCGGAACCGGGGCUGACCCUGCCCGGCCGGGGAGGCCCCUCCGGGGCGGCGCUUCCUCAGGAAGCCCCCGGCCAGCGCCAGUGUCACCGCAGCCGCCACCAGUGUCACCGCAGCCACCGCCGCCAGCGCCGCCAGUGCCACCAGUGCCACCGCCGCGGGCACCGCGACGGUUCCGGGAGCUUCGGGUGGCGUCCCCACCGUGCCACCUCAGCCUCCGGGUGACAGCCAGGUGUCCCCGCGCCCCUCCGGUGCCCCCCCGGCGAUGCCGCUGCUCCGGAGACCCCCGGGGGGGGCGGCGGAGGGGGGACAGGAGGACGGGGACCCCUUCGCCACCAACCCCGAGAGUCGCCGGCGGCGCCGCGCCACCCUGGGGGGGCUGGUGGGGCUCGGGGGACACCUCGGGGGACACCUGGGACAGCUGGGGGGGCCCUUCGGCCGCGCCCGCCGCCCCCGCGACCCAGCCGGGCCCCGCGGUCGCCGCCGCUCCGAGGACUCGGGGGUCCCGCGGCGACCCCCGGAGGAGGCGGGGGGGGGGCAAGCGGGGGUCGCUGCUGCGCCUGGCGCUGGGGACGUGGGGACAGCGGGGCACGGAGAAGCCGUCCCCGGGUGAGGGACAGGCGGGGGACAGCGCGGACGGAGCCGGACAGCGGCCGGAGAGCGGCGGGAAGGACAAGGACAGGGACAGGGAGCCGCUGUCGGUGCUGGAGAUCCUGGAGCUGAUCCAGCGGCGGGACCUGGUGGCGGCGGACGCUCAGAUCAUCGCGCUGGAGGCCGAGUGCGCCCUGUCCCCGUCGCGCCCGCCGUCCCCGUGUCCCCCCUCGUCGCCCUCCUCCGGGUCCCCUCCGCCGUCGCCGGUCCCCGCGGGCGGGCGGCGGGCGCGGGACGUGGCGCUGCUGUACCGGGCGCUGCUGGCGCAGCUCUGGGCCGUGGUGGCCGAGGCGGUGGCCGCGGGGCGAGCGGUGGCCCCGCUGCGGGCCGUGGUGGCCGUGCUGGAGCAGGAGGAGGCGGCGGACGCGCGGAGCCCCCCCGGGACCCGCCCGGGGCGGCCGCGGGCGCUGCGGCGGCGCUGGCACGAGGCGGUGGCCAGGGCGGCGAGCGAGCGGCUGGCGCAGGUGGCCCCGGCGGGCGGGCUCGGGGCGCGGCUGGCCGCGCUGGCCGCCAGGGUGGUGGGAGACCUGGGGGUCGUGAGGAGCCACGUGGCCCCCGCGUACCCCCCCGAGUACGGCGCGCUCGGGGUCUACGCCCGCGGCUACCACCGAGCGCUGGCGCAGCAGCUGCGGGCGCUGGCGCAGAGACCCCUGCCCGUGCCCGAGCUCUACCUGCUGCUCGACUGGCACAGCAACGCCUACCCCAGGGAAGUUUUGGGGCACCCCGAGGUGGGGGCCCUUCUGCGGGCGCAGGAGCUGGGGCCCCUCCUGCCCCCCGAGACCCAGCGCGACCUCGAGAGCUCCUGCAUCGCUGCCGUCAAGGCGAAGGUGGAGGUGGCCGUGGCGCAGGAGCUGCAGCUCAGCGAGGACACAUGGCCCGAGGAUGUCACCAGCCAGGACAUGGAGGAGGGACUGGCCAUGCGUGUCACCGGACUGCUGCGGGCACACGUGGACCGAGCCCCCCAGGUGACCCCCGAGUUCGGGCGGGAGAUGGCCCACAGCCUGCUGGGUGUGCUGGUGGCCUUCCUGCACAGUUUCCAGCGGAAGGUCGAGCGGUUCCUGGAAGCCCCCAGUGAGGUUCCCCCCACCGACAGCGCCCCUGGCCGCGCCAUCGCCUUGGCCAACUGCUGCCCCCCCUUCAGGGCCUUCGCCGAGCGCCUGGCGCAGUUUGGGCACCCUGAGAGCGAGGAGCCGCGGCGCCAGGCCCACGCCGCACUGGACAGGGUCACCCGCAUCUGCGGCCACGUCCUCACCCGGCGCCUCUUCGAGGACCUCAAGCCCUACUUCGGCAAGCUGAUGAAGCGCAAGUGGCUGACGAGCUCAGACGCCUUCGAUGCCAUCGUGAUGCUCAUCACCGGCUUCGCGCAGACGCUGCGCCCGCUGCACCCCGAGCCUCACCAGGUGCUGGUCAGCGAGCUGCACCGCCGGGUGCUCAUCGAGUACGUGCGCCCACUGCUCCAGGGCCGCCUGGUCUGCGCCUCGGCUAAGGCGCGUGCCCGCGUGGCCGCCCGGCUGGGCGACGAGGCCCGGCAGCUCCGCGAGCUCUUCACGCGCCUGGACUCGGCGUCGCCCUGGCUGGACUCGGUGGUGCCGCGGCUGCGGGAGCUGCUGGUGCUGGAGGACACGGCCGCGCUGCAGAUGGAGGUCGGCGCCCUGGCCAGGGACUUCCCCGACGUCCGGCGCAGGCACGUGGCCGCGCUGCUGGACGCGCGGGGUUUGCGGGCGCAGGGCCCCCGGCGCGAGAUCCUGGGGGUGCUGCAGGAUCUGGGGGGGUCGGAGGCCGAGCCGGGCCCCCCCCGGCACCGAACGUUCUUCUCGGAGCUGCCGGCGCCGCGCCCCGUGCGCUGCCUCCCGUUCCACCUGCCCCGGCUGCGCCUCCCGCGCCGCAGCCCCGCCAGGCCCCCCCCGUAACCCCCCCGGGACCGCUGAGGACACCCCCGGAACCGGCACCGCGUCCCCGCGGGGCUGGGGACACCCCCGAGCCUGGGUCUGUCCCCUCCUGGGGUGGCUGGGGACACCCUCAGCCUGGGGUCUGUCCCCUACAGUCCCAACCUGGGGUCUGUCCCCGACUCCCGGCGCUGGGGACACCUCGAAUCUGGGCGUGUCCCUCCCCCUCCCCCCCCCCCCCCCCCCCCAGUGUAUAAAUGACGCUGUAAUUAACACCAGAA